AUGCCUCGCUUAACCCCUGGCGGAGUCCCGUCCUUCUUGUACUCUCAAUUUUUCGUCACACCGAAACUCGACCGAAAUCUCUCUUUCGCUGGUCAGACUGUCAUCGUAACCGGCUCUAACACCGGUCUCGGCUUCUCUGCCGCCCAACAGAUCGCCGAGCGCGGUGCAUCCAAAGUCAUCCUCGCCGUCCGUACGAUCUCCAAAGGCGAGGCCGCUGCCCAGAAACUCCGUGACAGCCUUUCCCAGUCUCAGCACACCUCUACGAAGAUAGAAGUCUGGCCUCUCAACCUUUCUUCUUACCAGAGCGUAAAGGAUUUCGCGGCACGGGUUAACACGUUGGAUAGGCUGGACGUGUUGCUGGAGAAUGCGGGGGUUGUGAAGGUGAAGUUCGAGCUCGAAGAAGGAAAUGAGGCGACGAUCACGACGAACGUGAUUUCGACGACAUUACUCGCGCUGUUGGUGCUCCCAAAGUUAAGAGAGACGGCGGAGAAGUUUGGGGUUACGCCGCGUUUGACGAUCGUUUCGAGCGAGGUGGCGUUCUGGUCGUCCUUUGAGGAGAGGAAAGCGGAAAAUAUUUUUGAUAAGUUGAACGACCCGAACUCGAACAUGCAGGAUCGGUACAAUCUUUCGAAACUCCUCGAGAACUUUAUCGUUCGCGAGCUCGCCACUCGCAUAUCCGCGUCCGCCUCCACCAAACCAUUCGUCAUCGUCAACACCCUCAACCCAGGAUUCUGCGAGUCCACACUUCGGCGCGAGGUCUCCGGUUUUCAAGGCGCCGCAAUGGCUGUCUCUGAGCUCCUCCUACAACGCAAGACCGCCGUCGGUGCUCGUACGCUCGUCCACGCCGCUUCCACUGGGAGAGAGUCUCACGGAAAGUACUUGAGCGAUUGUCAAGUCCAUCCCUCGCCGUUGGAUUCGGGGAAGUGGGGCGACGAGGAUGUGUUGAGGACGAGGAUUUGGAAUGAGUUGAUCUCGAAGUUGGAGAAGAUUGAGCCAGGGAUUUCACAGAAUAUCUGA